AUGUUAGUUGACACUGGUGCGACGAUAAGCCUCAUCAGCUCGUCUUUCCUGGCUAGUCUCCCGAAAGGAGACCAGGUGACGCUGCACUCGUCACCUCAGGAAAAUCUACGCACGGUUGCUGGGGACACCGUACCUGUGGAAGGGGUCGCCACGGUUUGCUUGUCCAUUGCGGGACAUGAAUUUCGGCGUGCCAUUCUAGUAGCCAACAUCACGGAUCAUUGUAUAUUGGGCUACGAUUUCAUGAAGGAGUACAACUGCGUGCUGAACCUCCGAGAUGGUACCCUCCUCCUCGGUGACCGGCAACUGGUCCUCCGCUCGUGUAGGGACGCUGACGCGGACCCCUCCUACGUCGUGUGUCGCCGCACCGUCACGGUGCCGCCCUACGCGCAACUACUUAUACCGGGACGGAUGUCGUCAGGGCAAGCCCCGAACGUCUGUGUCGUCGAGCCUAGUGCGGAAGGUCUCCCGAGCGCUGGGCUCAUGGUCGCCCGCGGUCUCGUCCAUCAUGGUGAAGGAGCAGUACCAGUUCGCGUUCUUAACGCAACUCCCUCACCAAUUGUGCUUCAGCGUGGACAACGCCUGGGGCAGUGUUCCCAAGUUGUAGAGAUACAGUUCACAGAAGAGAGGGCCGGGGGUCAUGCGCCUCCUCCUGCUGCCAUGGAGCACAAUACAAGUUUACUGCACUACAUCGAUGAGCUGAUCGAGGGUUCCCAACCGCCGCUGACGCAGGACCAGGCGGAGAAGGCACGCGCACUCUUCCAGGAAUUCCGCGACGUCUUCUCGUUCUCAGCGGCAGAUCUCGGCAGAACAACGGCAGCCCUGCACCACAUAGACACCGGGACAGCUUCCCCUAUAAAGCAGGCUCCCAGACGACUUCCGCUGGCAAGUUUCAAGGAGGUCGACAAACUCAUCAGCGACAUGAGGGAUCAAGAUGUCAUCGAGCCAUCGUCCAGCCCGUGGGCCUCCCCUAUAGUACUCGUUAAAAAGAAGGACGGUUCCACACGGUUUUGCGUGGACUACAGGCGCUUGAACAACGUUACCAAGAAGGACUCGUACCCUCUGCCGCGCAUCGACGACACCCUGCAUGCGCUUGCUGGAGCCGCAUGGUUUUCUGCAUUGGACCUGCGCAGCGGUUACUGGCAGGUGGAGGUUGCUCCCGAGGACAAGGAAAAGACUGCGUUGAAAAGCUACGCGCACGGUUGGACAUCGUCCACAAGUUCGCUAGGGAUCGCAUGCGGCAGGCGUUUACACGCAUGA